AUGGUCAAAAUCAAGGUUUUGGGCAUCUCUCCUCACGCGGAUGUGCGCAUGGGCGUCUUUCCUCCGGGCGCCGGCCCAUCCUCGACCACGAGCGUGCCUCCGAAGCCGAGGUUAGUGCUUGGCGGCGGCUCAGCGGCCGCACGGCCUGCAGAGGUUGGAGGUUGA